AUGGAAAAAUCUUCCAAGGAUAUAGUUAAAACUCCUUUAGUGAUACAAAAGAAGGUAUUACAACCAAUUAAGCAACCAGGUCAAGUAACUGCUUUCAAGGAGGGAAACGCUCGCGCCCCUGCUCCGAGGACAAAACCAGCGGUUGCGAGGAGAGCAGGGGCAUCGAGCAGCAAUCGCAGAUUUGUCCUACCGCUCCAGGUCUCACUCGAGGAGACACUGAAUACCGUCCAGGUAAAGUUAGCUGGCAGAUUAGCUUUUUUCUUCCAUAAAUGGAAAGAGAUCACCUCGGAUUCUCUAAUUCUUGAAGCUAUUUCUGGUUAUAAACUUCCCUUUAGAGUCUCUCCACCUCCUCAGGAGAUAGAACCGUCUACAAUCCUAUCUAGGUUGGAAGAAGAUAUCUGUCAGCAAGAAAUUAUUAAUUUAAGUAACAAGGGAGCAAUUGAGCUCGUGUCGGAUUGCGAGGAUCAGUUUUUGUCCUCGUUCUUUGUAAUUAGAAAAUCUCCUGGAGGAUGGAGAUUUAUUUUAAAUCUUAAGCGCCUCAACGAAUAUAUUAUCGCUCCUCAUUUUAAGAUGGAGGAUUGGAGGACGGUUGUCAAUCUUCUGUCACCAAAUGAUUUUCUUACAUCUAUUGAUUUGCAGGAUGCAUAUUUUCUAAUCCCUAUUCAUCAAGAGGAUAGAAAAUUUCUUCGUUUUCGCUUCCGUUCUCAGCUUUUUCAGUUUAGAGUACUACCGUUUGACCUUGCAUCAGCUCCUUAUAUUUUUUCAAAGAUUUUAAGACCAAUUCUGCACACUCUUAGAGAAAAAGGUUUUUUCUCAGUAGCUUAUUUGGAUGAUUUUUUACUGAUCGGCCCAUCGUACGAUCAAUGUCGAAAUAAUGUUAGAGCUACGGUUAAUCUUCUAACCUCUUUAGAUUUCAUCAUUAAUGAACGUAAAAGCAUGCUGACUCCAUCGAAAGUGGCCAGAUUCUUGGUUUCAGUUUGUCCUGCUGUACAGUAUGGUUUAUUACACACUAAGAUUUUGGAGAGAGAAAAAUUUCUUGCUCUUUUAGCAGCGAAUGAGAAUUUUGAGGCCCGAAUGUCUCUACCUGCCUCAAUUAGAGAAGAUCUCCUUUGGUGGAAGAAUGUUUUCACGGAUUACGCACAACAUAAUAAGAUUAGAUCGGGUCUCUUUAUUCGAGAAAUUUUUUCAGCUGCAUCGCUGACGGGAUGGGGAGCAGUUUGUGGGAAAUCGCGAACUCAUGGAUUUUGGUCGCCGGAGGAAAAACAGAAACAUAUUAAUUUCCUCGAGCUUUUGGCAGUUUUUCAUGCCUUAAGAUGCUUUGCCUCAGAUUUAAGAAACGGUAACAUUCUCUUAAGGGUAGACAAUUCAACGGCUUUAUCGUAUAUCAAUCGCAUGGGUUCGAUUAAGUUUCCGACUUUGUCAAAUCUAGCUAGACAAAUAUGGAUGUGGUGUGCAGAUCGCGAUCUAUUUGUUUACGCUUCUUACAUCCCCUCCGCUCAGAAUAUUGAAGCGGACGCGGAAUCUCGCGUAAUUUCAGAAGAGUCGGAAUGGGCUUUGAAUCAAGGCUAUUUCUCAGAGAUCGAAGCAUAUUUUGGGCCUUUCGAUGUAGAUCUGUUUGCCACAUCAAUCAAUGCCAAGUGUACUUGUUUUGUCUCGUGGCUUCCUGAUCCUUUAGCUUUCGCAGGAGAUUCAUCCAGCAUGGAACAGGAUUUGCCUGGUGGCCGCCAAAUUAUCCGCCAAGCAUUCUUAACUAGAGGAACUCCAGCUUCAGCGUUAGACGCAACACUUGCAUCACUUUCAGAAGCAACAAUCAAUCAAUAUACCAGGCCACUCAGAUUAUGGUGGAACUUUUACCCCACGUUACGAUUUUAUUUGGGACCCAUCUCCGGUCAUCGCCCACUUAGCUUCGAUGUAUCCUCAGAAGAGCUUUCGCUAGAAUUAGUAUCCAGAAAAUUAGUGACCCUUCUAGCGCUUACAACAGCGCAAAGACUACAAACUUUGGCGGCAAUACGUCUUUCUAAUAUUGUUUUUGCGGAUUCUCUAGUUAUUAAGAUUCCUGCUAGGCUUAAAACUUCCAAGAUUGGAAGACCACAGCCUCUUCUGGUAUUCAAACCAUUUUUAGACAAGCCGGAGCUCUGUAUCUACUCGUUAACAGGCUCUUAUAUUGAGCGUACUAAGGAACUACGUCCCGAAGAUGCCAACUCUUUAUUCAUUGCUGUGCGUUCUCCAUAUAAUUCGGUAUCCGCGCAGACGUUGGGCCGUUGGAUUAAAAUGGAGCUAAGAGCAGCGGGAGUUAACACCGCAAUAUUUUCGGCCCAUUCUACACGGCAUGCUUCAACUUCUUUUGCCGCCGGCAAAGGCGUUAGUGUAGAUGAAAUCCGUCGAACGGCGGAAUCACUAUCAGAUACAAGCAUUCUUAAUGCAUUGGGAUUUGGACAAGCUCUGGAACAUGAUGAAUUAAAUCUGCCACCACCAAAGUUACUGCCAAACUCAACAAUAAUAUUAGCACAUCACUACUUUGUAGGUGAAGAAAUUUUCCUCUUGCGUUUAAAUCUUCUGCGACCAUAUGCAAGGAAAACUUAUUAG